GCCAUUUGCAAGCCGCCCGAAGUGGGAGUGCGGGCCUUGCAGAGCGGGUCGCAGCUGCCGCCGUUCACCGACCCCCGCCGCCGCCCUGGCCUGGGAGCUCGCCCCGCCUCGGCGGCCGGCAGCGCAGCGCUCCGCGGGCGGCAGGCGCGGCCCCCGGCCCCCCUCCCGGCUCCCGGCCGCGGGCUUCCCCGGGCCAGAGCCCGUCGGCCGCCGCGAUGGCCCUCAAGAUGGUCAAGGGCAGCAUCGACCGCAUGUUCGACAAGAACCUGCAGGACUUAGUCCGUGGCAUCCGCAACCACAAGGAGGACGAGGCAAAAUAUAUCUCUCAGUGCAUUGACGAAAUCAAGCAGGAGCUGAAGCAGGACAACAUCGCGGUGAAGGCAAACGCAGUCUGCAAGCUGACGUAUUUACAGAUGCUGGGGUAUGACAUCAGCUGGGCCGCCUUCAACAUCAUAGAAGUGAUGAGUGCCUCCAAGUUCACGUUCAAGCGCAUCGGCUACCUGGCCGCCUCCCAGAGCUUUCACGAGGGCACCGACGUCAUCAUGCUGACCACAAAUCAGAUCCGCAAGGACCUGAGCAGCCCCAGCCAGUACGACACUGGCGUUGCACUGACUGGUCUGUCCUGUUUUGUCACCCCAGAUCUUGCCAGAGACCUGGCAAAUGACAUCAUGACGCUGAUGUCACACACCAAGCCCUACAUCCGGAAGAAGGCCGUGCUGAUCAUGUACAAGGUGUUCCUGAAGUAUCCCGAGUCGCUGCGCCCCGCCUUCCCCCGGCUCAAGGAGAAGCUGGAGGACCCCGACCCUGGGGUUCAGUCAGCCGCUGUCAACGUCAUCUGCGAGCUGGCCAGACGCAACCCCAAGAACUACCUGUCCCUGGCCCCACUGUUCUUCAAGCUGAUGACGUCCUCCACCAACAACUGGGUCCUCAUCAAGAUCAUCAAGCUGUUUGGUGCUCUGACGCCUCUGGAGCCGAGGUUGGGCAAGAAGCUGAUCGAGCCUCUCACCAACCUCAUCCACAGCACAUCUGCCAUGUCCCUUCUCUACGAGUGUGUGAACACUGUGAUUGCAGUGCUCAUCUCGCUGUCCUCCGGCAUGCCCAACCACAGCGCCAGCAUCCAGCUCUGUGUUCAGAAGUUGAGGAUACUGAUAGAAGACUCGGAUCAGAACUUGAAGUACCUGGGGCUGUUGGCCAUGUCCAAGAUCCUGAAAACACACCCUAAGUCCGUGCAGUCCCACAAGGACCUCAUCCUGCAGUGUCUGGACGACAAGGACGAGUCCAUCCGGCUGCGGGCCCUGGACCUGCUGUACGGAAUGGUGUCCAAGAAGAACCUGAUGGAGAUCGUCAAGAAGCUGAUGACCCACGUGGACAAGGCCGAGGGCACCACCUACCGUGAUGAGCUGCUCACCAAGAUCAUCGACAUCUGCAGCCAGUCCAACUACCAGCACAUCACCAACUUCGAGUGGUACAUCAGCAUCCUGGUGGAGCUCACCCGGCUGGAGGGCACCCGUCAUGGCCACCUCAUCGCCGCACAGAUGCUGGACGUGGCCAUCCGCGUGAAGGCCAUCCGCAAAUUUGCCGUGUCCCAGAUGUCCACGCUGCUUGACAAUGCCCACCUGGUAGCCAGCAGCACCCAGCGGAAUGGGAUCUGCGAGGUGCUCUAUGCUGCCGCCUGGAUCUGCGGGGAGUUCUCGGAGCACCUGCAGGAGCCCCAGCACACCCUAGAGGCCAUGCUGCGGCCCAAAGUCACCACGCUGCCCGGCCACAUCCAGGCCGUGUACGUGCAGAACGUCGUCAAGCUGUACGCCUCCAUCCUGCAGCAGAAGGAGCAGGCGGCGGACAUGGAGGAGGCCCAGGCGGUCACCCAGCUUAUGGUGGACCGGCUGCCCCAGUUUGUACAGAGCGCGGACCUGGAGGUGCAGGAGCGGGCGUCCUGCAUCUUGCAGCUGGUCAAGCACGUGCAGAAGCUACAGGCCAAGGCCGUGCCUGUGGCAGAGGAAGUGAGUGCCCUCUUUGCUGGGGAGCUGAACCCCGUGGCUCCCAAGGCCCAGAAGAAGGUUCCAGUCCCUGAAGGUCUGGACCUAGACGCUUGGAUCAACGAGCCACUCUCGGACAGUGAGUCUGAGGACGAGAAGCCCAAGGCCAUGUUCCACGAGGAGGAGCAGCGGCAGGCCAAGCACCGUCUGCCCGAGGUGGAUGAGGAAGAGCUGGCCCGGCGUCGAGAGGCCCGGAAGCAGGAGCAGGCCAACAACCCGUUCUACAUCAAAAGUUCUCCGUCCCCGCAGAAGCGCUACCAGGACACACCGGGCGUGGAGCAUAUCCCCGUGGUGCAGAUUGACCUCUCUGUCCCGCUGAAGGUCCCAGGGCUGCCCCUGUCGGACCAGUAUGUGCGGCUAGAGGAGGAGCGGAGGCACCGGCAGAGGCUGGAGAAGGACAAGCGCAGGAAGAAGCGCAGGGACAAGGAGAAGAAGGGCAAGCGCCGCCACAGCUCGCUGCCCACGGAGAGUGACGAGGACAUCGCUCCUGCUCAGCAGGUGGACAUCGUCACUGAGGAGAUGCCCGAGAAUGCUUUGCCCAGCGACGAGGACGACAAAGACCCCAACGACCCCUACAGGGCCCUGGAUAUCGACCUGGAUAAGCCCUUGGCCGACAGUGAGAAGCUGCCUGUCCAGAAACAUAGGAACGCUGAGAACGCCAAGUCCCCCGAAAAAGAAGACGUUCCCGUGGUAGAAAAAAAGAGUAAGAAGCCCAAAAAAAAAGAGAAGAAGCACAAAGAAAAGGAGAGAGAGAAAGAGAAGAAGAAGGAGAAGGAGAGGAAGGGCGAGGACUUAGACUUCUGGCUGUCCACCACCCCACCGCCUGCCCCGGUCCCGUCCACGGACACGCUCAGUGCUAACACAAACACUGACGCCGCCCCCAAAGACGAGCUGGAGGAACCCAGGAGAGAGGCCCAGGAUGGGGAGGACCAGGACCAAGACCAGGAGAAGAAACCUUCCAAGCAUAAGAAGAAGCACAAGAAGGAGAGGGAGGAGCGGCCCAAGGACAAGAAGAGAUCCAGGAAGAAGCUGCCGGGGAGUGAGGAGGCGCCGGGGGAGCCCGUGCAGAACGGCGCGCUCGAGGAGGGGCCUCUCCCGCCUAUGUCCAGCUACUCCCUCCUGGCUGAAAAUUCUUACAUUAAAAUGACCUACGGCGUCCAGGGCAGCCUGCAGGACAGCCAGGUCACCGUGUCGAUCAUCCUGGAGAACCGCAGCAGCAGCGUCCUCAAGAGCAUGGAGCUCAGCGUGUUGGACUCGCUCAACACCAGGAUGGCCCGGCCGGAGGGCUCCUCCGUCCACGACGGCGUCCCCGUGCCUUUCCAGCUGCCCCCGGGUGUCUCCAACGAAGCGCAGUUUGUGUUCACCGUCCAGAGCAUCGUCAUGGCCCAGAAGCUCAAGGGCACCCUGUCCUUCAUCGCCAAGGACGACGAAGGCGCCACCCAUGAGAAGCUGGACUUCAAGCUGCACUUCAGCUGCUCCUCGUACUUGACCACGACGCCCUGCUACAGCGAUGCCUUUGCCAAGUUGCUGGAGUCUGGGGACCUGAGCAUGAGCUCAAUCAGAGUCGACGGCAUUAGUAUGUCCUUCCAGAACCUUCUGACAAAGAUCUGUUUUCACCACCACUUUUCCGUUGUGGAGCGAGUGGACUCCUGCGCCUCCAUGUACAGCCGCUCCGUCCAGGGCCACCACGUCUGUCUCCUGGUGAAGAGGGGGGAGAACUCCGUGUCAGUGGACGGGAAGUGCAGCGACGCGACCCUGCUGAGCAACGUGCUGGAGGAGAUGAAGGCCACGCUGGCCACGUGCUGAGCUGCCUGCGAGCCCCACCCGGGAGCCCGUCGCAGAGCAGGCACCAGUGGCCCCGCAGGUCCACGUGUCUCGCCACUCCUGUGUCGUGUGUACUGUACCCAAGCCCGAGCGUUAAUUUAACUCCACCGUCGUCUGCUGUUUAGACAUGGAGGUUGUGUAUCGCAUUGAUUUAUUUGGCCAUCCUUGUCACCUGGACUCUCCCCACUCUUUGGCAAGAAGCCCUGUUCCAGUCCCCAGACCAGCAGAGGCUCCCCACCUGCUCCGUGCCCCGCCCCACACUGGAGGCCGGGUCCUUGAAUGUGGUCACAGGCGCAGCCUGGGGAGCGAGUGUGCCCACCAUCGGCCAGGGCCUAGCAGGCACCAGGGUGAGGGGUGCAUGGCAGGGGAGCUGAUGUGGCCCCAUCUCCUGUCUUCCCCCACCUCUUCCUCUCCGGCGGCUUCUGUCCCCCGACAUCCUCACCAGCGGUUCUGCACGGGGUGAAGGGUGGGCCAGCUGUCACAGAGGCCCUUCUUCCCAGAACCCCUGGUGGGAACGUGGUCUGCAGGACCCUGGGCCACGGGCCAGGCUGCAGGCAGAGAGGGGCUGCAGGCGCCCAGGAGGGCUGCAGUCAGCACCACCGAGGGGACAGGGCUGGGCCUGUCUGUUUCCUUUCUUCCCCGUCGACAGAAAUGUGUCUCUCUGGGCUUGGGUUGGGUGAGUGGUGGCGUUGUGCGAUCCCGAGUGCCCUCUGCUCCCUGCCGCGCACACUGCAGGGCUCCUCCCGGCAUUGUCCCACUGCUGCCGGGAGAGUCCAGGUUGGACGGUGGAGGACGUGCGUGGGGACUGAAACUCCAGCUGGCACCUCGGGCAGAGCAGCCCCAGGGCAGGGGACCUCACCUGCCCACUCCCCAGGCGGCCGCUAGGGCUGAGACUGGACGUUCUUCAGAGAUGAUGGCCCUCCAUGACAUUUUAACUUUUCCUUUUGAUGAAAACUGUCAUUUUAGCAUGUAGAAUAAUCUAUUACAGAAUCCCGUGCAGUGAUUCUAGAAUUUUGAAAUUGUAUGAUGUGUUACAUAAGAAUUUAUUUGCUAUCGACAUUCCCAUAUAAAGAAGAGAGAGACGUAUCAUGCUGCUGUAAUGAUUUUGUGUCAAGAUGAUCCAAUAAAGCUGCAAAACAG